AUGGGGUCUCCCGAAGCUGCAGCUCCAAUAUCGGAAAAUGGGGUGGGAGGCCAUGGAAAUGGGAGGGCCAACGCACCCAAUGAUCCGGCGACAGAUGACGGCGGAGUGAGGUGGUGCGCGGUGAGGGACGAAGUGAAAGAGUGUCAGUCAUUUGUUGGUGUUAUUAGCCAACUAACAGGCUACGUGUGGAAAUGCAUCCAAAAAGAGAAAGCCCAGGAUUGUCUAGAGUCAAUCAAGAAAGGAGAAGCAGAUUUGGUGAACUUAGAAGCAGGUCUUGCUUACAUUGCAUUCAUCAACUAUUCAAUGAAAGCCAUAGCCAAUGAGAUCUAUUAUGAUCGUUCCAAAACCUAUGAAGCUGUUGCAGUUGUAAACAGAAGGGUAUGUGAAAACAAUGAAAAAAUCAGUUUAAUGGACUUCAAAGGUCACAAGUCUUGCCAUGGAGGUUACUCCACAGUAGCAGGAUGGAACUACCCCAUCAAUCACAUUAAAAAUUUAUUUAAUGAUGAAAAAAUGAAUGAUAAGGAAAUCGCAACUAGUUUCUUCUCACGACUUUGUGCACCAUCAGAGGUUGAAGGUUUUGAUACAUGUAAUGUAUGUGGCAAAGAGAAUGAAACCUGCAAUGAAACAGGCUUGUAUUAUGGCCACUCAGGAGCUUUUAGGUGUCUAGUAGAGGAGUUGGGAGACAUUGCUUUUGUCAAGGGUGAUACUGCCUUGUUCUAUUCUAUGGAGGGACCUCAUAACCAAUCAUGGUCAACAAAGUCUCUUAGGGACUUCAUGUAUCUUUGCCCUAAAGGGGGUUGCAGAGAAAUCAAUGGUUAUCCUGCAGAUUGUUCGUUUGGAACUGUUUCUGCAAAUGUGAUAAUGGCACAUAACUCAAUGCCCAACAAGAAGAGAAUGUAUGUCUUAGAAACAUUGACGAAUACUAGUUUGGUGGAUGCUCUUUAUUCCCCAAUCGAUAUUCGCAACAACCUAUUUAGUCCAAGUACCCAAGGACUAGACAUGAUUAAAAGGGUCACGAAGUUGUAUCUGGGGAAAUCAGCUUCAAUCUCACAUAUCAUACAAAAAUUAAAUGUCCCAGAAGACAAAGCCACUUCACAUACAACAGAUAACGUUCCAGAUGAACCACCUUCAUCUUCACAUGUUUGCUGUUCACAAGUGAUAACGAUGCUCUCACCCCUAAUGCUAUUAUUGGUACUUAGAAUGUUUUCUCCAAAAUAAAGACUUUGUUGUUUUCUACUCAGUGGUUUACUUUCAUAGUUUCAUAUGCGGUGGAAGUUAUCAUCGAUUACUAGUUUGUUGUCUGAUGUGAGCAGAAUUGGCAAAAUCCUAAUAUGAUGAGCUAAUGACAAAAAAAAAAAA